CUACACGCCACCGUUGGAAAGGGCUCUCUCAGUCACGGCAGCGACCAUGCUUCCUACUGCCCUUCCCCACAACUCGAUUGGGAACUCCAUCUUCGUACUGCCUCUGCAACCCACUUCAGUACGCCAAGACCUUAAGCCACCUCUCCCCGCAAUUCCUCUUUACCAAACCCAAUCCCGCAUUCCAUUUUCGGACGGCAGAAGGAGGAGCAAAACCGGCAAUGGUGGUCUGCUUCUCAGACGAAGGCGAGGUUGAAAACGAAGAGAAAAACGAGGGUGGGGAUGACGACGACGAUGAGCGGGGAAGGACGGCGACUGCUCCUGGCUCCAUUUCUGUAUUUUCGGGGAAUGCAGAGAGGAACUUAGAGCUGCUAACAUGACACUAACAGUGGGUGGGGAUGCUACACUGAGGACUAAAUAGCAUAAUCUUUUGAAGCACAUGGAG